AUGAGGCAGUCGGAUGAUGUUGAUUUAACAGUUGGUGAGUCGACUUUAAUUUCGACGGGCUCCUUGGACGGAAUAAGCGGCGACGGCGAAGCAGGAAGUCUGUUAAUCUCCUCGUCUUCUCCCAGCGAUUUGUGGGUGGGACUGACUAUAGCGGUGGAACAUGACAGGGGCAGGACUGACUGUAGAGGCGGAGCAAGGCAGUGGUGGGAAUGGCUGGAUGGCGGUCGGCGAGCGGCUGGUAGAGUUUUGACUGGCAGGCAUAUUGGUUGGGACACUGCCGGAGCGACGCACAACCACCACCUGAGUGUCCCGCCGCCUCUCAUAGACACCAGCCAUCAGCCACCACCAUUGAGAACCGCUGUCAAAUACCGUCGGCCACCUCAGCGACCACCCGCCAUGGCAGUUGUUUCAUAUCCCACCGCCGAAAGCAUCACGGAUUUGGCCGCCUCCGCCACCGCCACAUCGCUGUGUUUGAUUUCAGAGUUCUGCCACCGCGCCAUCGCCGGAUCUGGUCCUCUUCGUCGAGUUCGUGGAGCUCCAGGUUGCAGGGGCGAAGCGAUGAUGAUGAUGUGGCGAAGACGAGCUGCUAAACGGUGGUCAACGGCGAGAUUGACGGGGUCGAGAGCUGCCAGCUCGAUUGGCCGGUGGACGUGGCUGAAUGAGGCGGUGUCGGGAAUAGACGCCGUGAAUUCCGUCGUUGAGCUCGUUGGAGAAUCUCAAGACCAUCUCAACGGCACCCGACUGAAUAGAGGCAAAAUGUCGGAGAAUCGUGAUGAUUCCGGCGGCAACUGA